AAACAGCAACCGAGUCUCUGGGCCAAUCAAAACGCGGCACAGUGUGCAUCGAGCCCCAUCCACCAAUCAGAUUGCUCACAGGCUCCUCCUUCGUCGACGUCGAAUGUGGUUGGUGUGACAACGAAGAUGGAAGUGAGCCGUCUGGACUUCUACAUCGGUCUCUCGCUGGCUGUGAGCUCCAGCGCGUUCAUCGGCACCAGUUUCAUCCUGAAGAAGAAAGGCCUGCUGCGAUUGGCCGGCAAAGGGUCAAUGCGAGCAGGUCAAGGGGGGUAUGCCUACCUGAAGGAAUGGCUGUGGUGGGCAGGACUCAUUUCAAUGGCGACUGGAGAGGCCGCCAACUUCGCUGCAUACGCAUUUGCACCGGCCACACUGGUGACUCCUCUUGGAGCGUUGAGCGUACUUGUCAGUGCUGUGCUGUCUUCCUACUUUCUGAAUGAGAGGCUGAAUGUGCACGGGAAGAUUGGCUGUUUGCUGUGCGUCUUGGGUUCCACAGUGAUGGUGAUUCAUGCGCCGCAGGAAGAGGAGGUCGCCUCCCUCACUGCCAUGGCUGAGAAGCUCAGAGACCCAGGUUUCAUUGUGUUUGCUGUGUGCGUUGUUGGAUGCAGCCUGGUGCUAAUCUUUGCUGUGGCUCCGCGGUUGGGACAGAAGAAUGUGCUGGUCUACAUCCUGAUCUGCUCGGUGAUUGGCUCCCUGUCUGUGUCUUGUGUCAAGGGCCUGGGCAUUGGCAUUAAGGAGCUGUUUGCUGGGACAGCAGUGCUGAAGGAGCCCCUGUUCUGGUCCUUAGUCAUCUGCCUGAUAAUCUGCGUGAGCGUUCAAAUAAAUUACCUGAACAAAGCCCUCGACAUCUUCAACACCUCGUUAGUUACACCCAUCUACUACGUCUUCUUCACCACCUCCGUCAUGGCCUGUUCAGCCAUUCUCUUCAAGGAAUGGUUGCGCAUGACCGCUGACGGAGUAGUUGGAACAAUCAGUGGGUUCCUCACCAUCAUUUUGGGGAUUUUCCUCCUCCACGCCUUCAAGGACAUUACAUUCAGAUGGGAUUCCCUCCCACUCUACUUGAGGAAAGGUCCUCUGGGCUUUCCAUGGGGGCAGAGGCCUUAUUUGGCUGUUCCCAGCCACGAAGCCCAAGCAGAAGGUGAGAUUACAUUUCCCAGAGAAGGUAGCUCAAAGGAGGACUGGGGAACGCACCAGAGACCUCCUUAAGGAGGACCACUAGUCUCGUCACUGCUGAAAUUCACAUCACAGCCUCACAAUGUGACAAGUACAUUUUCUUUCACGUCUGUCUUACACAAUGCAGUAGAACCAAGUUCCUCUAAGUGAGCGUACUGUUCCUGUCAAUAUACUGGCUUUGAUAAUACAUCAUUUUUAUUUUUUACAUGAUGGUACAUUUACAUCUUUAGAUCGAAAACACACAAGGGUUUUGUUGCACUGAUCUGUAUUUAAUACAUUAAGUGCAAAGAUGAAUGUAAAUUAUACAUAUUAGCCUGCCUAAACCAGAUUGUGCCUUCAGCUACUGAAAACAAAAGCCUUAUUGUGGGUCUGCACUUUUAACCCGGCAUAUAUGGCGUUGUACGAAUGUGUAAUUUAAGACCAACGUAGAGGCAAAAUAUAAUUUGUCCUGAAUGCAUUUCAAUCACUUGUAAGUUUGAAUAAUUCCUCUUUUGAGUUAACGUAAUACCUCAUUAUUCUAUACAAAUCACACCAAAGAACGUCCUUUUCCUGUGUGGAUUAAUUCCCAACAUGUGCCGAGCUGUAACAUGUCUCUGGUGUAACUGAAACGUUGUGUGUGUGUAUUAUUAAAAUUGAAUUACAACAUUA